CGAAUUGCGUCUCGGAUCGAUCGAGUGUGUGUGUGUGUGGUGGUGGUGGGGGGGGAGGCGCGCCUCCGUUUCAGAUGCUUGUUGGGGCUUUUUGUUCGCGUUACCGAACACAAAGGGAGCGGGCGUUGUUGCAGCCGUCGUCCUCAGCCUUCCGGAUUGAUUUAAUUGCAAAAUCUUCAAGGUACCAGAAUUGUCCCGGUCGCAAAAGAGUAGGGCCCCGUCUCGCAGCUGCGAUCGUUGUGUGCGUGUGUGUUUGUGUGUGUGUGUGGAGGUCUUGCACGCGCCUCCUUAGCAUUCUGCUCUGCACGGUUCAAGAGUUCGAACGGCUCACUGCCCACGAUGGCCACCACCAGCAAGCAACCAAUACCCACCAAGAAGACAGAGCCAGAGCUGUCCAAUAUCGGAGCGCUCCCAGAAACCAGUGGAGGUCCUCCGAGCAAGAAGCCCAAAGUCGGGGCUACGAGCAAGGAAUCUGAUGCGGGCACCACCGCUGCACCCACAGGAAGUGGAAAUUUUGAAGAGCAGAUUUCCAAAACACGUGCAGCUUUGGCGUCAUCUGUAUUGGAGUUCCGCUUCAACAAGAAAAGGGUACGCGCUGUGUCUAAUGCUGAUGAUAUGGCCGCUAACGCAAGUGGCAUCUUAUACUGGAUGUCACGUGACCAGCGUGUUCAAGACAACUGGGCACUACUUUAUGCCCAGCGGCUGGCCCUAAAGCAGAGGCUUCCACUCUACGUCUGCUUUUGUCUGGUGCCCAAGUUUAUGGAUGCGACUAUUCGACACUUUGGCUUCAUGCUUCGAGGCCUCCAAGAGGUUGAAAAGGAGUUCCGCUCCCUCGACAUCUCUUUUCACCUCCUGAAAGGCUAUGCCAAGGAUGUGCUUCCUCCAUUCGUAAAUGAGAAGAAUAUUGGUGCUGUUGUGACAGACUUCCUUCCUCUCCGUGUGCCCAGGCAGUGGGUGAAAGACUUAAAGAAAGCUCUGCCAAAGAAUGUACCUUUAGCACAGGUGGAUGCACACAACGUGGUGCCGUGCUGGGUCACGUCAGACAAACUAGAAUACGGAGCGAGGACGAUUCGCAGGAAAAUACAUGACAAGCUGCCACAGUUCUUCACUGAAUUCCCUCCAGCGAUUAAGCACACAUAUCCAGCCAAAAGCCUGCCAGAGGAGACAGACUGGGAGGCGGCAUGGCAGUCGUUGGAGGUCGACCGGAGUGUGGGCGAAGUGGCGUGGGCUCAGCCCGGCACAUCAGCGGGACUGGAGAUGCUCAACUCCUUUAUAAAUGAGAGGCUGAAGCUGUUCAGCACAGAUCGCAAUAACCCCAACAGCAAUGCACUCAGCAACCUCUCACCGUGGAUUCACUUUGGUCAGAUCUCCGUUCAGAGGUGUGCUCUUGAGGUCAGUAAAUUGAAACCCAAGUACCGCGAGUCUGUUGACAUGUACAUUGAAGAGGCAAUCGUGCGACGGGAACUUGGUGACAACUUCUGCUUCUACAACAAAAAUUAUGACAGUCUAGAUGGGGCAUAUGACUGGGCUAAAAGGUCCCUGGAUGCUCAUACACAGGACAACAGAGAAUACAUUUAUUCUCUGCAGCAACUGGAAGAAGCUAAAACUCACGACCCACUUUGGAAUGCAGCGCAGCUGCAGAUGGUAGUUGAAGGAAAGAUGCAUGGGUUUAUGCGCAUGUACUGGGCGAAGAAAAUCCUGGAGUGGACGAGCUCCCCAGAGGAGGCCCUCCGCAUUGCAAUCUAUCUCAACGACCGCUACCAGCUGGAUGGAAGUGACCCAAACGGCUACGUUGGCUGCAUGUGGUCCAUCUGUGGCACACACGACCAGGGCUGGGCUGAGCGCGCAGUUUUCGGCAAGAUCAGGUACAUGAACUACGCAGGCUGCAAACGCAAGUUUGACGUGGGUGCAUAUGAAAGCCGUUACAGCUCGAAGAAGCUGGGCUUUCCAGCUCCAGCAGAGUAAGAGCCCACAGGUAUAGAGACGCUGUUGAUGAGACACUAACUGAAUCGAAAAUAGUAUUUUAGAUAAGUGACAAUAUCUUAGUUUAUCAUGGCCUUUACAUGUUUACGUUUUACCCUGGUAAAGCGUUAAGCUUUUUAUAACUAUCACAACAUGUUGAUGUGCAUGGUUUGUGUACAACUCAUAAUAUAUUAUUUUGUGUAUGCUUUUAGAACGUAAUAUCUUAACGACCGUUACAUUAAGUGGUUACCACUUUUUAAUGUUAGUUUCGUAAUAUUUAAAAAAAAUAUUAGAAUGUGAGUGCAUGUCGGUUUGGAGUGUUGAAAAUAAACAUGCACACAGUGCACAGCUUGUAUGCUGAAA